AGUUAAGAAGAUAAGAUGGCGGCCCUAGAAACGCAAGUAAACUGAAAGAGAAACUAAACCGGGUAUUGAAAAAAUAAGCCAUUGCAACUAAAAGAUGAAGUAAAGAUUACUAAUUUCAAAAUUGAGUGAUUAGUAAAUUGCUUAGUAAUCGUUAAUGAUAUUAAAAAAGCUUACGACAAAUUCAAGAAAUUUAAAUAUUAUUAAAGAUGAAGGCCUGUUUAAUGAAAGUGAACUAUGAUCCAAGAUAUACAUCAUCAACAUUUGAAGAUAGAUUUAGAAUUACAUCGGGUAUCUAUACUACCCCAGAUAAAAAAUCUACUAAGAAGAUUAAAGAAAGAAUUUCGGUCGACUUUAGCUCCAAUGACAAAAGAUUAUCGCAGAAGGAACAAUUUCGAAGAAGCGAAGGAUCCUUUAAAAUAACAUCAUCAAAAUCACCUGCCAGCGGAGUUCAGCUUGCUAGGAUCCUCGAAGAACAUAAUCAAACUAUAACAAGAAGCUAUACAAUGCCCGAAUAUUGUAAUCCUAGCAAAAACAAACUGAAGAAAUCUGAAUAUUUGGAAUUAGAAAGAAAAGCUAGAGUUGCUGCUGACAAAGCAAUUAGAAACAAGAAAAUUUUUCAAAUUUUAGGACCUUAUAAUAGUUUAAGAUUGGCCUUAAGAAGAAGAGGAUGGGUAGAGAGAUUUUCAAACAUACCUGCAGCCGACAAAGAAAACGAGGAUGUAACUGAAGGAGAUGAUAAGAGAAAAGUGAUCAAGCCUUGGCUAGAGGACAACGGAAUAUACGCCAUUAUGUCACACUGUGUUCGAAAUUGUACACCAACGUUCCUUUUUAGUGUUAAAAGUCAGGAUGUUGAUACACGACUUAUUAAAUCUGGACAAGUUGUUAAUCAUUAUGGUAAAGCAAAACAUUUUACAACAAAGGUUGGUCUAUCCGUCAAUAUAAGAAAUGUACCUUGGUAUGAAAAUGCCAAUCCCAAUCAAUUUUUUCCUCGAAGUUAUAAAUUGGACGAAGCAGAUGAAAGGGACUCAUUUAUAGACGACUUUAGGUUAACUGCUUGUGUUAGCCUACUUAAACAUUUUGUAAACAAUCAUAAAAAUGAUCUCACGAAAGACACUACGAAAACUAUAUCUUUAAAAUCCCUUGAAAUGGCUAUAUCUCAAUGUGAACUUUUUAUUGCUGAAAGGCAUCAUGAGGAUCUGGAUAAGAAAUCUAAUAAAAAGCUACAAGACGAGGAGUGGGAUAUACUAUUAAUGGACUCUUACACAUUAAUACAUGAAGGAGCCAGAGUCACGAAUGUUACGGAGAAUAUGCUUGAUAUUUGUAAAGAACUCAUUAAAAAACUUCAACCUUUAUUGCCCCAAUACGACUUGGACGGGAAUAGAAAUGUUUGGAUUUUGAAACCUGGAGCUAAAUCAAGGGGAAGGGGCAUUUAUUGUUUCGAUAAGCUUCAUGUCAUUUUGCGUAGCUCCGAGGAAGCCGGCGAAGGGGCUAUGCCUAUUGUGCAAAAAUAUAUAGAGAGACCAUUAUUAAUUCACAAUCGCAAAUUCGACAUUCGACAAUGGUUCUUAGUGACCGACUGGAAUCCCCUUACUUAUUGGUUUUAUAAUGACUGUUACAUCAGAUUUUGCUCUGCGGAUUAUACACUUGCAGAUUUUGACAGAUCAAUUCACCUAUCGAAUAACAUAAUUCAGAAGGGAUACUCCAACAAUAACGCCAAACUACCUGAUGAUCACAUGUGGAGCAAAGAUGAAUUUAUCGAUUAUCUUCGUAGUGAAUCAAAAGAAGACCAAUGGAAGAAAAAGAUAGUACCUGCUAUGAAAUUAGCAAUAAAAUGCUCCCUCUUGUGUUCUCAAGAAUUAGUUGAGAGUCGUAAACAAGCAUUUGAGUUGUAUGGUGCCGAUUUUAUAUUAACCGAAGAUCUGCAGCCUUGGUUAUUAGAAAUUAAUUCCAGUCCUACUAUGGCAAAAAACACUAGAGUAACAAAGAUUAUGGUCGAUAAUGUUUUAGAAGAUACUCUUAAAGUCGUAUUGGAUAGGAAAACAGACAAAUCCUGCAGCACUGGCCAUUUUGAAUUAGGCUUUCAACAGCAAUCAAUAAGUCAAGUUAAUGCAUCAACUGAUUCUCACAGCUUAUCAAUUCAAGGAAGAAAAAUCUUAAAACCAAAACCUGCUCUGAAGAGAUAA